AUGGCGGGUCACAAUAACGCUAUGGAGGAUUUGGAGGAUGGAGAGAUAAGCGGCUCAGAUUCAGAAGCUGUCAUGGCUUCGGAUAACCGACAGCAAACGGCCCCUGCAGCAGCCUUUUCAACUCAGUCUUUCCAGAGCAGGCAUCCACAGACCACCCCAGCUGUCACCAGUUACCGUAGCUCCAUUACUAGAGACUCCAGUGAAAGCGACUCGGACUCGGAGGAAGAGGCUGCAACAUGGAGGAGAAAGCGUCAGAAGUGCUCCAACGCUCCAGUACCCGUGCCUCCCACAGCUUUCAGAGGCUCUGCUACUGCGGCGGGGCCUCCGUGCCGUAAAGUGAACAACGUCUGGGGUGCCGUGGUGCAGGAACAGAGCCAAGAAGCCGUCGCAGCUGAGCUCGGCAUCCUGGGAAUGGAGGGAAGCGUGAGCAUGGACAGCCGCCAGAGUGAGACCUACAACUACGUUCUUGCAAGAAAACUGAUAGAAAAGGAGAAGCAAGAGCAGGGCAUGGAGGCCAUUCUGGAUGGGCAGCUAGACGAGUGUAUGCAGCAAAAGUCAGAGGAAGAAAACGGCGACGGGCACCUGAAGAGAAAGAGGUCGGUUAAGGAACGGCUGGGUCCAAGAGCUGAAAUGGACUACCAGGGGCGGUUUGAGGUUACUCCGGAUGACCCCGAAGACAAAGUGAUCGAUGAAAUAGCUCACAGGUUAAUGGAGCCAAAAAAGGACUUAAUAGAGCGAGUUGUGAAGGUGAUUGGCUCAAAGAAAGCACUAGAGCUUCUGUCAGAGACUGCAGCUAUUGAACAGAAUGGAGGUCUUUACACUGUGGAUGGUAGUAGAAGGAGGACCCCUGGUGGUGUUUAUUUAAAUUUGCUGAAGAACACUCCUAGUAUUUCUCGUAAGCAGGUCAAGGAAAUAUUCCUUGAAGAGAACCAGAAAGAGUGUAACAGCAAAAAGGCCGCCAAUAAGCGACGGAGGCACAUAGUGGCUAAGAAGAUGAAACAAGCGAUCACCACUUUGAACCUGCAGGAGCAUGACGAGAACUCACGAGAAACCUUUGCCAGCGACACCAAUAACGCUCUGGAGUUGCUCGAGGAGGCCGGUGAGGACCAGCCGGAACCCGCUCUGGGUACAGAGGACACUGCCGUAGUUUACAAUUCGAAUGACCUCGAGGUCUUUUGAUUCAUGCUGCUUUGUGUGUUUGAGUGACUGUAAGGACAGCGAGAAUGAAUCUACUGUUUUGUUUAGGGAUGUUUUUUGGACUUGGGUGACACUGAAUAAUUUUUUAAUAAUGUAAGUAUGUAUUAGUUGCUCUUUAAUCGUCUAAUUGGCACUUAUACAGCAAUAUACCAGGUGGGCUAGACAGACAGACAGGCUGGUCAUAUACUGGGUUUCAAUUUAGUACAAUUCCUGGAUAAAUAAUUAUUGUUUCCAGAGGACAUGAAGGCAUGGAUCAACAGAAAAGCUACUGUGGCUCAAAUUGUAGAUCAUUUUAAAACUGGUCUAAUACAAAGUACAUUAAAUCUUGUACACCCUAUGGACAGAAGUAUUGGGACACUCCUUCUAAUCAUUGUUUCAGCCACAACAAUUGCUAACAAGUGUAAUAACUCAGUUCUAUAAAGAAAAUGAUACGCUUCCAACAUUGCCCCGACAGUCAGCAUGACUGUGAGCCUGUGAACAAUGCUAGGUCUAUAUAGAAAGACAUGAAGAAAAGCUUAGUUUAAAAACGUUCCAGUGGCCUACACAGAGCCCUGACCGUAGCCCUACUGAACAGCUUUGGAAUGAACUGGAACAUCAAUUGCAUCAAUUGAGGCUUUCUUGACCAACAUCAUUGCCCAGAAACAUUUGAUAUGUAGUGUAGACUGACUGUAAUUCAUUGGAUUUUAAUCGAGUACAAUUCCUGGUUAAAUAGAGGGUCAGUUAAAUGGUUUUGUUUAUUUGACUGAACAUUGUCUCACUACUAAACAGCAUUUGGUUCAUAAAUGAGUUUAUUUGUAUAUUAAAGAAUAUUGUUCUCUGCACAAGCAUCCAGCAGUUUAUUUAUUUUAGAGUCCCUCUCUUGUGGGCUUUGUUCUUGUUUCUCUUGAAUGGCUAAAGCUGUUUCCUUUGUCCAUUAGUAUUAAUUCAUUGACCUUAAAUGGCCAGGGCAUCUUAAACAAUGGUUCCAUUUACAAAAGUUUGCCUGGGAAUUGUACUAGAUUUUAACUUAGUUUUUUUUUUUUUUCAGUCUGCCCUAGUGUUAGGGACUGUGAAUGACUGUGAGAUAGGUAUAGGUGAGGCAGGCAACCUAACCCUGUGAUGCAUUGUUUACUUAAAUAAACCAUUGCAUCCAGUUGUGCAAGUUGAGUUCUGCACCUCAGUUCAUGAAACAUUGACCUAAUUUGUCUGGUUUUGUCUGUUUCUCAAAAAAGAAAUGUAUUUAAGGGUAAAUUAUUUUUAAAGCUGCUGUUUUAUCAUUUUUAAUUAUUAAAAGCAGUCAGAUGUUAUUUCCUUUUAAUUCAAACCUGCUAAAUAAAAUGUAAAUUGCUAAGUCAAAGUGCAUUUGCACAGGAGUUUAAGUCUAUGUACCUAACACAGAAGUGAUGAUUGCUCUAUGCUUUAUAUUAUUUUGAGAAGCCAAUUUCAAGGAUUCACUUGUUUGGCCACUAAGUUCAUAUAUCUGUUCUUGUUAAAACGCUGUACAUGUGAGGUUAGUAAUAGGUUGAAUCAGUGUCACCGUUUAUGAUCUACAGAUUUCAAUAAAUGCUUAAAUGCUGUGUUGUAAAAACAGCUCGCUCUUACAGGACAGAAUGAUGAGUUGGUUUGUUACCAAGAAAUGAGCUUUGAUGAAGAGUUUGUAUUACAUAACAGGAAUCUUAUAAGUGUCUUAAAAUCAUACAAGCUAAUAUUGAUACUUGUUCAUGCACUUAUUCUCUACUACGACAUUGUUCAUUUCUGAAUCACAUUCAGAUUACCUUAGCAGUCAAUUUGUAUUAAGGAGUGUGUUGAUAAAUGUACAACCUCAAAUCAGAAAAGUUGGGACAGUAUGGCAGUUGCAAACAAAAAAUGUGGUGACUUUUAUUUCAUUGCAGAUGGUGUGAACCCAAGAUAUUUCAUGUUUUGUCUGAUCAACACAUCCCCAAAAAAAUUGGGACUGGGGCAAUUUAAGGCUAGUAUUGAGGUAGUAAUAGGGUCCCAACUUUUUCACUUUUCUGAUUUGGGGUUGUAAAAUGGUUUUAAUCACCAAUUGUUAAAUAAAGAUAUAACCAUUUAAAAUACAUCUUAA